AUGUCUGUCUCUGAUUUAUCUGUUGGAUGUCGUUUUGCCGAUUAUUUUGCGAUUUGCGGCCUCGACUUUGACUCUGGAUUGGAGCCUGAUAGACUUUGCGGUGAUAAUUUACAUGUAUCUCCUUUGGAUCGUUCUUAUAAAGGCAAAAUCCUAGCCCACUACCCUGAUAACAUAACAAGUAAUCCAUUUGAUGAACAUGCAGUUUGUAUGCUUUGUCUACCAGCUGGCCUUCAAUUUAGAACACAAAAACAUUCUUUAGAGCCCAAGUUUCACAGCUUUGUAGUAACCAGAGAGAAUGCAUCUCGAUACUAUGGAUUCAGUCUUAUUUUUUAUGAAGAAGUUAGGAACAGAAACAUCUGCAGUGCCAUGCAUACAUUACAGGCAAUGUAUAUCACAGAAUUAUCUAGUGGUCAGACUCCUCCUGGCCACAGAAAAGCUUCGGGCAAGGAAAGCUCCCGGUCACUUCCAAGAUCUUUCAAACUCACUCCUCAUAGUGGUGCCGCACUGACAUAUUAUGAUAUUGCCAAAGACAAAUUAUAUGUCGCCAAAAGUAUAGCACUUAUAUGUCAAUAUCCAUAUGUGAGAGUAGCACAGUUGUUUUUAGAAAAUUUAUUCAGAUCUCUCCCAAGGCAGCCCGGCCCAGGCCUCAGUCCUGAGUCUUAUGUUUAUAAUUUAUUAUAUGAAGUACCUGUGCCACUUCCUGGUCAAGCUUUACGACUAUAUGUGCCUCCCUCUGAACCUCAUUUGGAUCCAAUUCCUGUUGUGAUAAGAAUGCCAAAUCUCCCUGAAGAGUUACCUCUUUUGGAUUAUCCACUACGAGUUAUGUUUUCUACAUUAGGAGUGGAAUGUGUUGUACAACUUUUUACUUGUGUUCUAUUGGAACACCAAGUUUUACUCAGAUCAAGUGAUUACAAUAAACUAAUGUUGGUAGCUGAAUGCAUAGUAUCCCUGCUUUUGCCGUUUACAUGGGCGCACGUGUAUGUGCCAAUACUGCCGGCCCCACUCUACCACUUCCUCGACGCGCCGGUGCCAUUCGUCAUGGGUCUCCAUGCGGAAAGUGGGGCAAUGAAUAUGGGACCAAAUGGUCCCCGAAGUAUCGCGCUCGGCUCUGAGGCAGCUCUUUGUUUAGUUGAUAUUGAUAAACCUGACAUACAAUUACCGGAAGAAUUGCCUAUAUUCCCGCAUAGGACACCCUUUAUUGAAGAACUCAAUCAUGUUUUAGAUAAACAUCAGAUUCAAAGACCUGAAACUGAACCUACGAAGCUUGGUGUGCCUAUAAAUGGAACUUCAUACAAACAUAUGGGCGACAGUAUGAGCAGCAGUUGUACUUUGCCAUCAGGUGGUCUACGUCGGAAACACUCAUUCCACGAUGUACUAGAAUGGGAAGAAAGCAGGCCGCUCAAUGCAUCGCCUCCUGCUUCGCCAACGCGUCGUGCGCCACUCCGAAUGGAUGCUCUGCAACGAAUUGUAGACAUUGUCAAACGCAGUGGUGUUAACAUCGAUGACGUGGAUGCGGAUACAGUAAUGCCAACGACAAAGAAGAAAAUUCUUAAUGAUGAGGAACAAUAUAAUGAAGACAUAAGGUUCAAUGUUGCUAUCAGAGAAACAUUCCUUAAUAGAUUUGUGCACAUAUUUCUCAUGUACGAGAAUUUUGUUAUUAUGCCUGAUCAGGAUCGUGAAUCUUGGCUGUCAUCCCGUGAAUCAAUGGUCAACUUUGAUAAAGCAUCGUUCCUCUCGGACCAACCGCAGCGUCAUAGGCCAUUCCUCUCGCGGUUCCUCGAGACACAAAUGUUCGCUACGCUGAUCGAUAACAAGAUUAUGGGCAACUGGGGAGAAUAUGAUGCCAACCUACAAGUCUUCGAACACCGGAUCAAGACUGUCAGACGGCGCAUUGGCGAGGGCGGGCUGGGCACGCGCGGGUACUGCGUGUGGGCGGGCGGCGCGGGAGGCGCGGGCGCGGCCGCCGAGCUGGAGGUGGGCGCGCCGGCCGAGCGCCUGCCGCACCGCGCCGCGUACUACCGCGCCUUCCCCGCGCGCCUGGACGCGCACGCACUCACGCGCCCGCCCGCGCCCGACACCAGGACCAACAGUUUGAAACGUAUAAAGAAUGCGAAAUGGCAAGUGAAGGAUUGUCCGCCGGAGUUGUUGCUAGGGGACAUCAGUAGAAGGCUAUCUACAGAAGUGACGCCAGCAGCUAUUGCUCAGAACAACAGAGCCUUUGUAGAGAAGCUUCUGAAGGAAUGCAAAAGUAAAACGAAGAGGAUGCUUGUAGAAAAGAUGGGUACUGAAGAAUCUGAUCUAGGUUUGGGCUGUGAGGUAUCUAUAACUGGGGUCGAAGAAAGUACUAUGAUAGCUUCACUAUGCGACCUUUUGGAACGGUUGUGGUCGCAUGGCUUGCAACACAAGAUGGGCAAGUCAGCGCUUUGGAUGCAUCUUACUAAUUACCAAGAGUUAGAGCAGUGCAGUAAUUCCACCAAGCCCAUCGAUCCUAACUACCUUACUCCCGAUCUGUCGUCUGUGGGUGCUGAAGUAGAAGCCCAUCAAAGUACAAGUUCCGGGAGUCGGUCCCGAGAUAGUUCGCGAGGAGGAUCACGCGAUAGUUCCCGGGAUCGUCUCAGUAACUCCGGGACUUUGGAAAGAAAGUCAUCUCAACCUCCCAACCCUUUACGUCCGUUGCCAGAAAGUUUGACGUUUGAUAUGAGAAAUGUGCAAGCGAUGACAGACAUCAAAACAGAAAUAGGGUACGCUCGCGCUUGGGUGCGGCUUUCCUUAGAGAAGAAAUUGCUAUCCAAACAUCUUCGAGAACUGUUAGCUGACACUACGCUACUGCGGUCUCAGUACAAACGGACGGCUUUUCUUCGCUCGGAGGAAGAAAGGGAACAGUUCCUUUAUCAUCUCCUCACUUUAAAUGCAGUGGAUUAUUUCUGCUUCACCAAUACUUAUCCUACCACAAAACUUCCGUAUCGAGUCCUCAUCGUGCCAUCUCGUAAAGCUAGCCAGACUACCGCUAACUGUUGGAUCUCAAUAUCAGGAGCCAAUGGCGAAUCUACGCCUAAAAUACCUAUACCACGUAACACUAACGAAUUUGUUUUCCAUCAUAAAAACCUGGGAAUUUUAUCAACGUUGCGCAUUGGACAUGACAACUCCGGCCUUUCUCCGCGAUGGCUACUUGAUCAGGUCUACGUGAGGAAUGAAGUUACUGGUCAUACUUACACGUUCCCGUGCAACCGGUGGCUGGGCACGGGCGUGGACGACGGGUCGACGGAGCGCCUGCUGGUGGCGGCGCGCGUGCGCGGCGGGGCCACGCCGCGCGCCGGCCCGCCGCCCGCGCCCGCCGCCACGCCCACCACCACGCACCUGUCCACGUCCACCAUCCAGCACAUGAUCGGUGACUGUGUAAAUGCGAUAGUAAAGUGGCACUAUCAGUCGAAGAGAGAAAAGGACGCAAACUCACUCAGUGUUCUGCUUUGUGGAGAAAACGGACUAGUUAAAUGCUUGGAACAAGCGUUCCUUUGCGGAUUCAAGUCUGUGAGACUCUUUGGAAAGAACCUUUUCAUUUGGGAUUAUUUUGCUAAGGUGAAAGACGAAUUCAAAAUGAGUCUCUGUGAUGAGCCAACAUCACAGAACAACAAGAGCUGUGGCAUGGCGUACAACUGCCGACAGGACCAGGAACACAGAGCCAUCUGGAGAUGCUACUGCCAUCUCAUGGACGAGAUCAAUUCCGUCGGCCGCACUCUCGGCAAAGACGGGAAAUUCCAACUUUUCAUAUGCCUCAGUUUACGUGAGCACUGGCUACAUCGAAUGCUCGUACCAAUGUCAAUGACGCGCGUUACCAUCGAGAUGUACGAGGAACAGAGUUUCCUGCGCAAACGCGGUCUCCUUACAUUCCUCAGGCAAAUACUCGAGCCAUUGGAUGAAUUCGAUAUUGUACUUGAACAUUCUCUCACGCAAGGCAUUUAA